CUUCCCCCCGACCCUAUAAUUCUUUUAAGUGACUCACACAAACCAUUUUCAAGAUCUGUGGGAAAAGUAUGCACCGUGUCUACGCAAGUAAGGGUGGGAAUCAAUGCUUUGUAUGCAGUGAAAGCUCUCCACGAUAUGGGUUUCAUACACCGCGAUCUUAAGCCUGCUAACAUGGCUCUGGGAGCUCUUGAUAGCGAACACUCCCGUCUCAUACACUUAUUCGACUUCGGUUUAGCAAGAGAAUACGUGGUUCGUGGAAAGGAUGGCCGAACAAAGUUGCGCAGGCCAAGACCAAUCGCACGAUUCAGGCAAACGAAGAUAUUUUCUGAAAACACGUUCUCAACCCACCACUAG